GGUGCUUGCGGGAGGAGAAGCGCUGCGGGAGCGGCGCGCCCGGAGCGGCGGCACCGGCACGGGCAGCGGGCACUGGGCACUGGCACCAGCCCCGUGCAGAGCUGGUGGGGAAGAAUGUUUUCCUCGGUGAAGCCAUACGAGAACCAGCGCUACGCCUCCCUAAAGAAGGAAUGUCAGCGGCGGAAGCAGCUCUUUGAGGACCCACUUUUCCCUGCCAAUGACGACUCGCUCUUCUACAAGUCAAGGAUUCAGGGCAUCCAGUGGAAGCGACCGAAAGAAAUCUGCAAUGAUCCACGUCUCUUUGUGGAUGGGAUCAGCUCCCAUGACUUACACCAGGGCCAGGUUGGGAACUGCUGGUUUGUGGCUGCCUGCUCCUCCCUGGCAUCCCGGGAGUCUCUGUGGCAGAAGGUCAUCCCAGAUUGGAAGGAGCAGGAGUGGAACCCUGAGAAACCUGAGAGCUACGCAGGCAUCUUCCACUUCCAGUUCUGGCGUUUCGGUCAGUGGCUGGAUGUGGUGAUUGAUGACCGCCUGCCCACACUCCACAAUCAGCUCAUCUACUGCCACUCCAACUCCAGGAACGAAUUCUGGUGUGCCUUGGUGGAGAAAGCAUAUGCCAAGUUGUCAGGCUGUUAUGAGGCCCUGGAUGGAGGCAACACAGCUGAUGCCCUGGUAGAUUUUACUGGUGGUGUCUCUGAACCUAUUGACCUGACUGAAGGGGACUACAUCACUGAUGAAGCCAAGCGAAACCUCCUCUUUGAGCGCGUGUUGAAGGUGCACAACCGGGGAGGCCUCAUCAGCUGCUCCAUUAAAGCCACGUCAGCAGCUGACAUGGAGGCUCGCCUGGCCUGCGGCCUGGUGAAGGGCCACGCGUACGCGGUGACGGACGUGCGGAAGGUCCGCCUGGGCCACGGCCUUCUGUCCUUCUUCAAGUCAGAGAAACUGGACAUGAUCCGCAUGCGCAACCCGUGGGGCGAGCGGGAGUGGAACGGCCCUUGGAGUGACACUUCUGAGGAGUGGCAGAAAGUGAGUAAAAGUGAGAGAGAGAAAAUGGGAAUGACAGUGGAAGAUGAUGGAGAGUUCUGGAUGACCUUCGAAGAUUUCUGCAAAUACUUCACGGACAUCAUCAAGUGCCGUCUGAUCAAUACGUCCUACCUGAGCAUCCACAAGACCUGGGAAGAGGCAGUGCUACAUGGAGCAUGGACCAGAAGCAAUGACCCCUUGAAAAACCGCUCUGGAGGUUGUAUCAACCACAAGGACACCUUUUUACAGAACCCCCAGUAUGUGUUCGAUGUGAAGAAGGCAGAAGAUGAAGUGCUGAUCUCUAUCCAGCAGAAGCCAAAAAGGACCAGUCGCAAAGAGGGCAAAGGAGAGAACUUGGCCAUAGGCUUUGAUAUCCAUAAGGUGGAGUUGAAUAGGAACUACCGGAUGCACACCCUGCAGCAGAAGGUGGCCAGCUCCAUCUACAUCAACUCCCGCAGUGUCUUCCUGAGGACAGACCUGAAGGAAGGUCGCUACGUCAUCAUCCCCACCACUUUUGACCCUGGUCACGAAGGCGAGUUCCUUCUCAGGAUUUUCACAGAUGUGCCUUCAGAUUGCCGAGAGCUGACACUGGAUGAGCCACCACACACCUGCUGGAGUGGGAUGUGUGGUUACCCACAAGUAGUAUCCCAGAUCCAUGUCCUUGCUGCAGCUGGGCUCAAGAAUCAGGACUCCCAAGGAGGAGCCGAUCCUUAUGUGAUCAUAAAGUGCGAAGGACAGAAAGUUCGCUCUCCAGUGAAGAAGAACACAGUAUCACCAGAAUUUGAUGUGAAAGGGCUCUUCUACCGCAAGAAGCCAGGACAACCCAUCAUUGUUCAGAUCUGGAACCACAACUUAAUAAGUGACGAGUUCUUGGGCCAAGUGGUACUGACGGGGGAUCCCAGUGACCGGCAGUCAGUGCACACGCUGCACCUCCAGGACAAGGGGAACAGGAGGUCAAAUGAUCUCCCUGGAACCAUUGCUGUGAUGCUGCUCAGCAGUAACGUCCUCACUAAUGUCUGAGUACUCAAGGAUGACUCUUCUGGUGCCACAUAUGUGAAUAUAAACAUGCACACAUACACACACAUAUAUAUAGAGAGACACACACAGAGCCUACCUACCAUCCGCAAAGUGUAUAUGAACCAUGCAUGCAUUCCACUCAAAAGAGCCAAUCUUGUGUUUUCAAUGUUCAAAAAUGGUGCCUUUUUUUAGGAACCACAAUGAUCCUUCUGCUGGCAUCCUCUGCAGCCUCCCCUCGUUGCCAUGUGCCCUGUGGGAUUGCCGUGAGCACACUGUGUGCCCUGACAGCCAGAGCAUGAUGCCCUGAUGCUGUUUGUUUACACAGGCUGGCACACCCACAUGCCGCCAUGCACACGUGUGGCCACCGCGGUCCCACCAGCUGCUUCAGUGCAUCCUCGAUGUGUCUGCUGGUGUUAAGAGCAGUUUGCAUGGAGUUGACUCCCUUGAAAUUGUCAUUUAAUCGCUUAUCUGUGGAGGCGCCACAGCAAAGGAAAAGUGAAAAAACAGACUGGGGCCUUCUGUGUGUUUUUGGGGAUGGGUUUGCAUACUGCAACUGGAAGGAAAAUGCACCAAGGCAGCCCAAAUCCCAGAUUCACAGGGGCAACAAGAUCAAAGGCUCUAUCAUUUUAGGGACAAGCUGAGUCCACCCAAGUCUUGUUCAAUCCCAUGCAACUCUGAAGUAUACAAAGAUGUCAACAACUAUGUGGGAAAACUGUUCUCUGGGGUCAGGCUUUUGAACUGGUCUGGACUCGGCUCCUCCGUGUGCCUCUUGAACUGCCGUGGUGCCUGCUGUCUCCAUGUCUUCAUGCCAUCCCCAUCCCACGAGCUCAUCUCAGGAGCUGAGGUGGCUUGUCUGCUGGAGCCAUUCAGUGUUCAAGUAAGAGGAGAUUGAUUCCUCUGAAGGCGAAAAUGUCAGGUCCAAGGGAUGGAGAGCUUUGCUCCAUGGACUCCAUCUUUACUGCUGCAUACAGUGCAUCAUUUCUCAGUGCCUCGCUUUCCCAAAUUCUUUUAAAAAAUAGUGGGAUUUUAGCUUGUACUAGAGGAGCACUACUCCCAGUGCAGCCUGAAAAUGCUGGGAAUAUUUAAUUCAUACCAGUGCCCAUCUCUCACCUUUAAUUUCCAGUCUCCUGGCUUGGAGGAGGAGUUGCACAGUGCUAGAACCAGUCUCAUGAGCACAACUCAAAUGCAUCCUUGGGGGCAUGUCUGGGGCCACGGUGUGCUCCUGAUUUCCAUGAAAACUGGGUUAAUCUUCUUUAUUCCACUGGGUGGCAGAAUCCGGCUUCUUAUAAACCAUCCCAGAUAAGCCAAACAACAACCCGUUGUCUGGCCUUUGAGCAGCUGAUCAGGGCGGGUUUCAAACCAUUUUUUUCUCCUGUUGUUUGGGGGUUUUUAUUCAUGUGCCUUUAAAAUGGUGCAAGUUAAGGGAUUUUUCUGUCAGAUUUUCUAACAAGUAAAUCUUUUUCAAUCACCUGCUGCAUGCAAGUGGAAAUUAAUAUAUAUGAUAAAAUGUUCUAAUCUUGGCAAAUUUUGGCCUGGGCAGAGUCCUUUUCCUGCAAGAACAAGUGAACAGGAAAGCCUUCUUUUGCCAUAGCAAGUAGGGUUUCUGCUUGCCCUAGUAAACACCCAUAUUUAUGCUGCAAGGCUGUUUUUUUUUUUUUUAAGUCCCUAAAGAUCUUUUAAGUCUAUAACGUAGUAAAGUGUUCCCAAAUUCACAUCACCUGCCAGCUCAGUUCUUGGUGCAUCCAGAAGCAGACAGUACAACUGCAUCAAUUUUUGCAGGCUGUUUUUCUCCUUUCCUCAUCUUCAGAGUUUACCUCCUGCAGUUAUUGACAAAACCGUUCCAGGUUUGCACUGAGAACCCUCCAACUGCAAGUGCCAUCAUAGGGACCAAGUUUAUUUCAGCAUCUUGCAGAAUUAACUUAAAUGCUUCUAGGUAGGUCAAGUGACAUUUUGAACCCAAGGUCAAAGCAAAUCCUUGAAUUUGGGCAGACUGAUUCAAAGAUAUUUUGGUUUUAUUCUGUUUUUGUUUAUGGGACUCAUCACUGAAAAUAAAUGGAAGCAGCAUUGUAGGGCUAGAAGGUAUCAUUUGGGUCUCUAGACUUAUGUUCAGAGUGACAUAAGAGAUGGACCGUGAUCCCCAAAGAUACCUCACCAGAGAAGGAGAAGAGCAGUUUGGCAUCCCAGGAACGUGAGAAGAGCUUUGCACCAUCAUCAGUAGAUGGAGGCAUCCAGCCUGCUGGCAUUAGCCUUGUUUUCUCAGGAAAUCAGGCUAUGGAUAGCUUCAGCAAAGGAGAGAUAUUUGGUCAGGAGUGCCCUGCCAUGUGCCAAAUCUCACCGUGAUGCCCAAGGAGCAGUGCUGAAGCUUAACAAGGAGUAAUGGUGCCCUGGUACCCAUGGGCAGACUCCUUCCUUCCUAUAAAGAAUCAAGCCAUGAUGAGAGGAAAGACAGCUUUUAAACAGUUCUUAAAAAAAAAAAAAAAGAAUCAUCACACUAUAUCAGGACCAAAAUGUCUUAAUACCAGUAAUAUUUGUCCUUUUUUUCCCCAAAGCUUUGGAAAAGUUGGAGCAGAAGCCUUUUUCCCCUACAUUUCCAAUGGAAUAACAAAAAUUACCUUUGUUACUCUUUUUUUUGGUCUUGUUUGUAGAGCAGAUAUUGAAAUGCCAUUCCUACUGUUGAUGCCUUUUCUUUUUGAAUGAAGUAGACAGAAAUAUUCAGGAUUUUUUUGUUUGAGAGGAGUGUGGGUCUGAUAAACACUUUCCAGUCCCUCCCAGGUGGUGUAGGACAUGUCUCUGAUUUAUUUUAUAUUUCUUUUCUUAAUCAUUUCAAUGGUUGCAAGCAGCCUGCCAUUAUACUCUGUGAAAUCCAUUUCUCUUUGACAUCUCCGUGUUAGAACAGGCUGUGACUUGUCUUCAUCUCCAAAGGCACUGAUGUGUCACGCUGCACAAAACCAGAGAGUGGUCCAAACAGAAAGCCAACAUUGUACAGCUGUAAACCUCCUAUAAAUAAAUAAAUAAAUUGUGUAUAUUUUAUUCAGA